AACCAUUUGACUGCUUAUAGUGCUGCCAAGUCACAUCCCGUUGUUUUGACGUUUAAUUGAAAAGCAAAAUAAACAGAAAUUUCAGCUACCAACAAUUGGAAAAAUAUAAAACACAAUGGAUAAUUUUCAGUUGCAAGAUGAAGUGCAGGCACUACAAAAGCUGCGUGAACACUAUGAGCAUCAGUUGCGUCUGGUGGGGCUUGAGCUCUGUGAUCUGCCGGACGAUGUCACUGCUAUGUUAGAAGAAUGUGCAGAACUGCAGAAGUUCACACAAUUGCAUGAUUUACACAUGGAAUACCUAAAAGAAUAUUACUACGUAAAGUUGAAGGAACAUUUAGAAAAUAACAUAACCAUAUCAAAAAUGCAAGCAGAAAUUAAGGAACAAGAACAACAAUUGCAAAAAGAAAUGGCGGAAUGCAAUUUACUUGAAAAAUUUACAACAUCAGUCAAUAAGCGUUUGAUAUCGGAAUCAGAAAUGCAGCGUAAUAAAAUAAUGAUUGAAGGAAAAAUACAAAAUUUGCAAGAAAGACAAGGCGGCUUCAACGUUCCAGAUGAUUUAAAUAUAGAUGAACUUGUGAAAAAAGUGGAACGAUUAGAAAAAAUAAAAAAAUUGCAAAAAUAAUUAUUAUAUUUACGUAAAUCGAGGAUGUGCAAAACAUUAAUAUAAUUACAAUGUGUCAUACGCUAAACAAUUCGCAAAAUGCAACCAUGUAUAAGUAUUUAAAUUAGUGCAUAAUUGUAAUCUUAUAGUUUGUAAAAUUUUAAGC